UUUUUUUGGUAACCUAUUUCGGGGUUUAGCUGCUUCUGUUUUUUCAGGCCGAAUCUAAAUUUAGAUAGAGAGAAAAAAGCAUCUAUACGUAACAGAGCAUCGCAUUAUCAUGUCAGUGCCAACAUGGGGUGAGGCUGUUCACACCGAGCCCCGCCGCCGAGCGCGAGGAUGAGCAGCAAACAGAGACUGUGACUGAUGUCACCGCGCGGACCCGUUCAGACACCGCUCAGAGCCGUGUUUUCCCCCGGUGGAAGCUCCGUCAUAUGAGGCGCGCGGGGAGGCGGCGCUCCGAUCAGCCAUCGAUCAGCGCGCGGUGAGAACAGCGGCGGCGGAUCAGAGCGGAGCGCCGUCGGCGGGGAUCAGCGCGCGGCUGCCGCCGCGGGGGGCGCAGCAGAAGACCACCAGCUCCGGAGGCUGGUGCUUAUGCUGAGGCUGAAGCUAAUGCUGAUGCUGAUGGCCAUCGAGAGGUUAAAAUGCCACCAGAACAACACAGAAGAACUUUGAGGUGGCAUUACUGAGGUUGCCUCACAUGUGCCACCGCCCUGCUCAUCAGCAUCAUGGACUAUAACUCCAGCACCGUGCCCUGGGACCCUGGCACCUUCCAGCCCCCAUCGCUGGUAAACAGUGCUCUGAAGAUGGCCCUCAUCUCUAUCAUCGUGUGCACCUCCCUCUUCGGCAACGUGGUGGUACUGCUGGUGUUCCAGCGCAAGCCGCAGCUGCUGCACGUGGCCAACCGCUUUGUGCUCAACCUGCUGCUGGCUGACCUGCUGCAGACUGUGCUGGUCAUGCCUUUUGUCAUCGCUGCCGCCGCACCUGGGGUGUGGCCUCUGGACACCCGCUUGUGCCAGGCCCUGGUGGUCCUCAUGCACCUCUUUGCAUUUGCAGGGGUCAACACCAUCAUUGUGGUGUCGGUGGACCGAUAUUUGGCCAUCAUUCACCCACUGUCCUAUCCCACACGCAUGACACCCCACCUGGGCACCAACCUCAUCGCCCUCACCUGGCUGCUGGGCCUCCUGCAGAGUACUCCGCCUCUGUAUGGCUGGGGAACCAUCGAUUUUGACCGGCGCCACAAUGCCUGCACCGUGGUUUGGUCCUCCAGCUACUCUUACUCAGCUUUGGUGGCCACGUUGUCCUUCUGGCUGCCCGUAGUUAUAAUGUUGGGGUGCUACUGGAUGGUGUUCAGAGCAGCCAGACGACAGAAUGCUCUGGUGCAUCCCAUCCAGAGCAAACAGCCUCCAGACUCCCAGGCUGAGGUAUCUUGUUCCAGUCCCCAGAGGCAGCAGCAGCAGCAACAGCAGCAACAAUCUGCACCUGAAACUUCUUUCUCAGCCACAUAUCCCUCCAGGAACCGGCACAGACGCUUCCAGUACCACUGCAAGGCGGCACGGGUGGUGUUCGUGGUCAUGGCAUCUUAUAUCUUGGGCAUGGGCCCCUAUAGCGUCCUGAGCACAGUGUCUAUACGCUCGGGUGCCUCUAUACCGCCCUGGCUGGCAUCGCUGGCACUCGUCCUCUUCUUUUUGCAGUGCUGUCUGCACCCCUACAUCUAUGGCUACAUGCACCGCAGCGUCCGCAAGGAGUUCCUGGCCCUGCUCUGUGGCCCACUGUGUGCCCAGAGGAGACCUGGCCGGGGGUCGGCGGCUGAAAGCUGCUUCACGGUGACGGACGGCCGUUCGAUGCACGGCCCUCACCUGCACCCGUCUGGCCCUGGCCAUUCAGCCCGGGUCUGUCCCCUGCGUACCUGGGAAGAAGGGACCGUCUCUUCAUCACCAACAGAGCGAAGAUCCAGAGAAAGCCACAAGGAGACCACCUCCAUCAGCCUGAGCUCGGAGAGGGAGCUCACGGUUCACAGCAACAAGUGAAGGGAGUGUGUUGUUUACAGUUACGAGGCAGUUGGGUGAUCACAGGCUGGCAGAACCAAGAGUUUAUUACUGCCUUGAAAAAGUGGAGCUCAAAAGGACAAAGCUUUUUUGUUUGUUUUAUUUAUUCAACU